AUGCUAAUGGUUGCCAUGUACCAUUUAGAAACUGCUAGAGGAUUCUGGAUGGUGGAAAGAGGAUUCUGGAUGGUGGAAAGAGGAUUCUGGAUGGUGGAAAGAGGAUUCUGGAUGGUGGAAAGAGGAUUCUGGAUGGUGGAAAGAGGAUUCUGGAUGGUGGAAAGAGGAUUCUGGAUGGUGGAAAGAGGAUUCUGGAUGGUGGAAAGAGGAUUCUGGAUGGUGGAAAGAGGAUUCUGGAUGGUGGAAAGAGGAUUCUGGAUGGUGGAAAGAGGAUUCUGGAUGGUGGAAAGAGGAUUCUGGAUGGUGGAAAGUGGAUUCUGGAUGGUGGAAAGUGGAUUCUGGAUGGUGGAAAGUGGAUUCUGGAUGGUGGAAAAAGGAUUCUGGAUGGUGGAAGUACCUGCUGCAAUCCACGAGCAGCCUUGUCGCAUUUUCAAGAAGCUUCCUGACAACUGGAUAUUAGAUUACAGAGACAAUCCUUAG